AUGCUCAAUCUCCUCCAUCUUCGGCCCUUCCCCAGAGCGGAGCUAAUUUUUGGACCGGCGACGAGAAAGUGGGUCGAUCAGAGAGAUAUUUUUGAAUGGAUAAAAUCGCACCAAAGUCGGGAGGCUUGAAGGUCAUUUUGUCGAAGAAAUAGUACUUGAAAAAGAAAGGGAGGGCGCUUUUCGUUGGGAAUAAGGCGAAUACAAUGAAAGGGAGAUAUUAAUGGGGCAGGUUGUGGCAUAAGAUGAGGGAGAGAAGUUGUCGAAUCGUUUUAUCGAGAGGUAUACUUGUUUACAGAUUGUUUUGCAAUCGCUUUGGUAAUCCGAGUUAUAGAAAAAAUAGGAUAAAAUUCGAAAAAGGGGAAAAUUCGAUUUUGAAAAUUUUUGCCAAAACAUGGUAAUGAAUUUUUUAAAACUACGUCCAAUUCUCUUGGUCCAGUUAUCUAGUGCAAUUUAAAGGGUAUUUACAGGUCUUAAGACGGUCUAUUUUACCUGACUCAAAAAAUUUUUUGAUAUUAACAAUGUUUCUUUAAAAUUUUCUUGCAGUUCUGUCUGUAAAACGAUGAUCUUCUCGCUUCCAGCAACAUACAAAUACUUUAGAGAUCCUAAUCUUUCCCCCAUUCCUUCUUGUCUUUCUCCUUUCUGACACAAAAAGAAUAACGUUCAAAAUUUUUGUUGUUUUAGCAGCAAAAAUAUUUUGAUGAUUAAAAUAAUUAAUUAAAAUGGUUAUUUUCAGGUUAAUUAACUCUCAAAGUAUCCGAAGCCUUGCCAAAAUGUCUGACGCUCAAUGCCGUUGCCGAAGAUGGGCCUUCAGUUUGCAAAGAGCGAUGAGUGACCCUAAUGUAGGUGUAAUAUAGAAAUGAUGACAAAUGCAAUUUUAGUUCGAAUCUGACUACCGGAAAGCUAUCCAAUGUGUGGAUGAGGGAGAUUACGAAAAGAUCACCGCUUUCCGACACAAGGAAGACACAUUGGCAUGUCUGGCUGGGCGAUUAUUCUUGAGAAGAGCCGUUGUUGAGGUAAAAUAAAGUUUUGACGUGAUUAUUAGGGUUGGAAACGGGUGGGAGAGGUCUUCUGGACUAAUUACGGACUGUUUUUUUGUAUCGUCAAUGCAUUUUGAGUCAGUUUGAUCAAAAAUUUGAAAUGAAUUGGCUUCUUUUCAGAUGGCAAAAACUCCUUGGCAUGAAAUUGAUAUUCAACGGACGGAACGCGGCAAACCUUUCAUUGUGAAGCCCGAGAACUUCAAUAUUGGCCUCAACGCCUCGCAUCAAGGCGACUACACGGUGUUUGCGACCAGUUGCACCGACAAGGUUGGCGUCGAUGUGAUGAGAUUGGACAUGGCCAGAGGCAACAAAACCGCCGAUCAGUACAUAAAUUCGAUGGCCAAGUCCGCAUCGGCCGACGAGUUGAAAAAUAUGAGGACUCAAGCGACGGAUCAGAUGAAGAUGACCAUGUUUUAUCGGUAUUGGGUAAGUUGGUGCAGGGAGGUGAUGAAAAAAGGUUGCAAAGGAAAUACGGACGUAAUUUAAGGUUGAUUUUAUUUUCAGUGUUUAAAAGAGGCCCUGUUGAAAGCGACUGGCCAAGGAAUUGUCGAGGAUUUGAGCCGUUACGACUUCAGAAUCGACCCAUCCGAUAAGUAUGGAGGUAAGGUAGUACUAUAACAUAAAAAUUGAAGGUAUUUGAAGUUAUUAGAGCUUUAGAAAUUCUGAUAACUAAUGGCAUAAUUUUUUUAAUUCGGUAAAUUACAGCUCGAACCACAUUUGUGACCUCAACCUACGUCAAUGAAGAUGGAAAACGACUUCCACAGUGGCAUUUCGAGGAGUCCUUCGUUGACGAAAAACAUUCCGCAGCUGUUUGUCGAGAGGUAAGUAGACGGUUUCGGUCGGCUGAAUAUUUUCUUCUAAUAUUUUGGCUUACAUUAUGGAGUUCUGGCGGGGUUUGAGAGGGCGAAGGAGUGGUAAAAAUGAGUCCGAAUUUGGUUUCAAAAAGUAUCACAAAAGUAGAAAAGGAUUCUUUGUUUUGAAAAGAGCGGUUUUUAUUUUUUCGAAAUAGCUUUUUUGAAUUGGAAAAAUUAUUCUGAAAUAUUUUAGGCCAAAAAACUCAAAAAAAUUUUUUUUUGAAUGUCCGCGGCUGACGCGGCGAACCAAAAAUCGUCUUUUAAUUUUACAAGUUUCGAAAAAAGCAUCAUUUUUUUGCAUCUUUCAACCAAAAAAUUGUGGUGGUUUUUGCAAAGCGCGAACUGAAACUCUUCACCCUAUAAAAAAAAUUUUUUGGGUAAAAUACGGGCAUUAAUUAUUCCUAUUUUUUAGAAGAAAAUGCCGAAAUAUUGCGAAUACACCCGCGAUCCCGACCACAAGAUCCAUUUCCGGCACGUCGACUUCAAAUGGCUUCUGGAGCCGGCUUCGGUCCUCAACCCCGGCCUCAAUGAUAUCGAAGAAUACAAUAAUUUCCAACAGAAGCCAAAGAAAUUAUUCUAA